GUCUUCCCGGCCACGAGGGAAGGCAAGGAGCUCCGGGUGACGUUGGGCCGCCGGGUGAAAAGGGAACUCCGGGAUCGAUUGGGCCGAUUGGUCCACCUGGUACACCGGGACUUCCGGGUCCUAAGGGUGACAAGGGUGAUAGAGGCGACCGAGGUAUAACAACGUCUUUGAACGGGGAACCAUUUGCAACUGGAGUAUUCGAAGGACCCCCUGGUCCACCAGGACCACCUGGGCCCCAGGGCGAGAAGGGGGAGCUGGGUCCGACGGGACCACCCGGUCUGCCGGGAGAGAAGGGUGCCCGGGGAAAGCAAGGGAAGAGGCAAAGUAACACCACACUACUUCUUCCCCGUGUGUGUCGGUACAAAUCACUAAUAACUAAUACUACUACCCCCGGCUUUGAGGCUCUCGCAACUUUAUCGACCGGUGAUCGAUGCAAGCCUGCGAUUGUCGCGGUUUCAAGGGUGAGAGCGGUGUGGCAUUGAUGAGAGGCCCACCCGGUCUACCGGGUCCAAAGGGUGAUCCCGGGGAACGGGGUUACCGAGGCGAUAAAGGAACCAAGGGAGACACGGGCUCACCAGGACCAAAGGGAGAGCAAGGACAACCUGGUUUACCUGGGCUCAAUGGAACGGAUGGGGAGACUGGUAUACAGGGUCCUCCAGGGUUGCCAGGAAUUUCUGGACCCAAAGGUGAAAAAGGUGACUACGGAGAUAUUGGACCUCCAGGACUUAUGGGGCCACCAGGUUUGCCUGGUCCACCGGGUUAUCCAGGAUUGAAAGGUGAAAAAGGGGAGAAAGGUGAAUCGAAAUACAAGAAACUUAGGAGAAGGCAGGGUGACGGCACGUUUGAAGUAAACGCUGGCGAAGUGAUAAUGGGACCACCGGGACCACCAGGCCCAGCUGGUACUCCUGGGCUCCAAGGUCCACCUGGCAUAAAAGGCGACCGAGGACACGAUGGUGCCAAAGGCGAUCCUGGAGAGAAGGGUGCCAAAGGAGAUCCUGGUCCAAUGGGACUACCCGGCCCCAUGGGACUGAGAGGAGAGUCCGGAAAACCCGGGGAUGCCGGGAAACCUGGUGCCAUGGUAAGAACGCGGACCUCUCGCUCCUAACGUCAUCGUUAUUUGGCCUCGCUGCUGAAUCAUUUACUAGGCAUUCACUAACGACCAGUGUAAAAUCUCGAUUGUCGCUCAUUUUCGGCAAGAAUAUUCGUGUAUUAUACUUCUUCAGAUCCCUUGAUUGAUUGCCUCUCGAGUAUGUUUUCCCCCCCCCCCUGUGUCGUUACAUGUAAAAAAAAUUCGAUUAUUAUUAUUAUUAUUAUUAUUGUCAUCCUGCAAGAUGAGAAAAAAGAGAA